UUACGGGCCUGGCAGCAGCAUGAGGAGUCGGUACGGGGGCCCAUGGCAGAUUACGGGCCUGGCAGCAGCAUGAGGAGGCGGUACAGGGGCCCAUGGCAGAGUGGCGGAGCGUAAGCAGCUAAAAUUGAAGGCCAUACAGAGGCCUAUGUUAAAAAGUCCCCCCAGCAGCAGCGUGGGGAGACGACUAUCAAGAGUCCAAUGGCAGAGUGGCGGGAGCAGAAGCAGCUUCAAUUGAAGGCCAUACACAGGCCUAGGUUAAAAAAGCGGAAGACGCCUAGGUUAAAAAGCGGAAGCCGUCAGCAGCAGCGUGAGCAGACGACAGAGAGGCACAUGGCGCAGGAUGGGUGGCGGUGGAUGCAGCAGUAUUCGGAAGCCAAACACAGGCCUCGGUUAAAAAAGCGGAAGCCGUCAGCAGCGUGAGCAGGACGACAGAGA